AUGCACAUAGCAGCAAUGGCCGCAGUAUAUUUCCUUUGGGGAGAAUGCGCAACAGUCCUGGCUCCUGGGUCGCCAAACACUCACCCGCAGACACUUAGCACAGACACUACCGUAAUUACGACUAGUACCAGUGGAGCGUACAUGUAUGGAGGUUCUACGACGACUGUCAGCCAGCAAAGUUGCAAGGAUGUAACUGUUACGACGACCAAAGAAACCACGGCGACGCAGGUCACGGUGACGAUGACGGGAUGUUCGACGAAGUACGGAUACUAG